AUGCUACUGAUUUUUCUUCCGAUCCUUGCCUGGAUCCAAGGGAUCCUUGCGGUGCGUCCUACUGCACAGGCACCUCCUGAUUAUGUGCUUGUCGCGACCGCGAAGAACAUCACCAUCAACUGCCAGACGAGGUACUCCGUGGUAUUCAAUGGAACAACGCCAGGUCCGCCACUUUAUAUGAAGGAGAAUUACACGACGUGGGUGAGAGUGUACAACAGGCUUCAAGAUCAGAACCUUACUGUGCAUUGGCAUGGACUGAGUCAACGAACAUCGCCUUUCUCGGAUGGUACGCCUUCGGUCUCGCAAUGGCCCAUCGCACCCAAUCAGUUCUUCGACUACUCAGUAAAUCCCGAAGUGGGCGAUGCUGGAUCUUACUUCUACCAUUCUCAUGUUGAGUUCCAAGCAAACACCGCGCAAGGAGUCAUCAUCGUUAAGGACCAAGAUGCCGUACCCUACAAGUACGAUGGGGAUAGGUCAUUCUUCAUCCAAGAUUACAACCCUAAAAACGACUCCACAAUCUUCUCUGGCCUCAUUGCCAACCCGUUCAAAUGGUCAGGCGAACCGGAGGCCAUUUCGAUCAAUGGCUUCAGUGGUAAUUCGUCCUUCAGCAACGCUUCGGAUGCUUCAUGCACACCAUAUGUCAUCAAUGUCAAGCCUGGAGCUACUUAUAGAUGGCGCUUUCUCAGCGGUACAUCACUGUCUUUAGUCACGCUCGGCAUUGAGGGCCACAAGAACUUGACAAUCAUUGAAGCAGAUGGUGCGUAUACAAAACCCUGGACCACCGAUCACCUCCAGCUCGGCAGCGGGCAACGUUUCAGCGUGCUUUUCCGAGCAAAGACGCAGGCAGAACUUGAGGCAGAGAACAAGACGAGCUAUUGGCUUCGUUACGAAAGCCGAGACAGGCCAACAAAUGUGUCUGGCUACGCUUUGUUGCAAUACAACAUCAGUGGCUCCACUCGUCCGUCUCUACUGCCCGCAAAACCUCCAAUUACAUUGCCCCAGAACGUCACAAAUUGGGCAGAGUACGCACUUGAAGCUUUGCAUCCAAGCGAAGCAUUCCCGAAGCUCUCCGAGGUUACAAGGACUGUCUAUAUUACUAUGCAACAGCAGAUUCGGGUGGGAUCAUACGUGAAUCGUACCAUCAAUGGUACAUUACAAUGGGCACAAAAUAACCUUAUCUGGCAAACGGCACAGCGCCAGACGAACAACAGCUUGCCGUAUCUCGUGGAGGUGUAUCUUACCGGUCAAGCACCAAAUUACACUGCAGCCAUGGAGAAUGGAGGCUGGGAUCCGUACAGCAACGCAUUUCCUGCCUUGCCAGGAGAAGUGCUCGAUAUCGUCUGGUUGAGUAACUCUGGUCCGACAGGGGGUUGGGAUUUUCACCCUAUGCAUGCACAUGGGAAGCAUUACUUUGAUCUCGGUUCUGGAAAUGGUACCUAUAAUGCAACAGCCAACGAGGCGAAGUUCGAGAAGUACACUCCAGCGCGAAGAGACACAACCAUGCUAUACCGAUAUGCGGUCUCUGGUCUUCCCGAGACCACUGCGGGAUGGCGAGCAUGGCGCAUUCGGGUCACCGAGGGCGAUGUUGGUGCUUGGAUGAUGCAUUGUCAUGUUCUGCAGCAUAUGAUAAUGGGGAUGCAAACAGUAUGGGUCUUUGGCGAUGCUAGCUCGAUCAUGGCCAAGUUCCCGUCUCAACCAUAUGUGAAUGGGUACUUGACUUAUGGUGGCGAUGCAUAUGGAAAUGAUACUUACGAUCCACUCGUCAACAUGUUUCCAGCUACGUGA